AGAAAGAAAAGAAAAGGAAAAACAAAAAACAAAACGAAAAAUUACAACAGCUGCAGAAAAGAAAGGAGGACGAGAGGGAAGAAGAAGAAAGAAGAGAGGGAGAGAGAAAGAAAGAGAGAAACCAUUAACAAAAACAAAAACAAAAACAAAAAAAUCCUCAGAAACUUGAAAUUUUCGAACCAGAAGAACCUACCCUCCUUCUUCUUCUUCUUCUCUCUCUCUCUCUCGCCGGUGGUGGAGCUCCGGCUUGCAUUUCUGUUUCCCCCUUUCUUUUGGUUUUUGGUUUUGCUUCCCUUACAAACAGCCUUAACGGCUUCUUUCGUCCAAGCAAUCUUCGACCCUACACCCGUGCCUUGCCUGCUUUUUUGGUUCAGGAAACAUUACUAUAUUCAAACAUUUGUCUGCGUCGAUUGGGAGCGACGCAAGAAACAAAUUUCCGGCGGGGUGCUGAACCAUUUCUCCGCGUUCGUUUUUUUUGUUGGGGGUUCUCUGCCAAAUUACCUUUUGCUGUUGCUGUUGUUGUUCAAGUCUUCUGGGUUCCGUUGUGGUUGUCUGGGUUCUGAAUCUCGCGUCCCCUUUCUUUUUUACCCACUCGUCGGGCAUCGACAUUUCUCUCAGCUCUCACCGGAAAAUUUAGCGCCGUGGUUCCUCUUUCUCCCGAUUCAUUUCCCUUUUUAAACCUCUGGGUUUGGACAAGGUGGCCGCUUAUUCGGACCGGAGUUCCGAGUUUGCGGUGGCGGAAACUGUGGUUUGAAGUUGGAAUAGGGUAGUUCACCUCAUAGUUUAAAAUGAUGUUAUCAGCAUCCUCUCCUCCGGUGACGAGGAGCUCCCUUGAGGAGAUGCUGGAAUCGCUAAGGCAGCGCGAUGAGGCAUUGGAGAGAGCCAAGGACCUGCCUCCAGCUUUGCCUGCUCGACCCACUUCUAGGGCAAGGCUUCCUUCUGCACGCCUUUCGCUGCCCACAGACUUCAAAGUUGGUGCCAAUGGUCAGUUAGCAGGCAAGGUAGAGAGUAUCUUAGAGAGCAAGAUAGAGAGUGUUGUUUUAGGGAGCAAAUUAUUAGUAAGUGUCGAUGACAACAAAGUGGAGGAACCCAAGAGGAAGGAGCUGGAGAGCAGGAUGGGAAGUUUUGGAAGCAGGAAAAUGAGGAAGGUCAUGGACUCUGCCGACUCAAAUCCGUACGUUAAAGAAAUGAAUCAACAACGAAGGGGUUCUUCUGUAAGUUCGAUACCUAUUAUUAACGAGGUGGAAUUGGAAGAUAACAUUGGCUACUUUAUUAGGAAGAAACUAAGUGUUUGGUGUCAACUGUCAACUGGGCUGUGGGCUUCUGGAAAGAUACAGUCAACUUCAGGAGAUGAAACAUCUGUUACACUUGCAAAUGGAAAUGUUGUAAACGUGCCACCAGGGCAGCUUUUACCUGCAAACCCAGAGAUUCUUGAUGGUGUAGACGAUCUUAUGCAACUUAGUUAUUUGAAUGAGCCAUCCGUUCUUCACAACCUUAAGUACCGAUAUACUGAGGAUAUGAUCUAUAGUAAGGCGGGGCCAGUUUUAAUCUCUGUCAACCCAUUCAAAGAUGUCCCACUGUAUGGAGAUAAUGCUAUGGCUGCUUACAAGCAGAAGGAUAUGGACUGGCCUCAUGUUUAUGCCCUAGUAGAUGCUGCUUACGAGGAGAUGAUGAGAGAUGGAAAGAAUCAAUCCAUUAUUAUAAGCGGAGAAAGUGGAGCAGGUAAGACUGAGACGGCAAAGUAUGCGAUGAAGUAUUUGGCUGCCCUUGGUGGUGGUGCUGGUGGUAUGGAGCUAGAAAUGCUUCAAACUAAUUGUGUUCUCGAAGCAUUUGGGAAUGCUAAGACCCUGCGUAACAAAAAUUCGAGCAGAUUCGGAAAGUUGAUUGAAAUUCAUUUUACUUCAUUAGGAAAGAUAUCUGGCGCUAAAAUUCAAACAUUCCUGCUAGAAAAGCAUUCUUCUUUGAGCAGUCAAGAGUGGUUCAGGUCGGCGAUGGUGAAAGAUCAUAUCAUAUCUUUUAUCAACUAUGUUCUGGUGCAUCAUCUCUCCUCAGAGGUACUGUUUAUGAUUUAUGAGAAAUGCAUUUAGAAACUAAAUCUUAAAGCAGCCUCAGAGUACAAGUAUCUUAAUCAGAGUGAGUGCUUUGAAAUUGAUGGUGUUGAUGAUGCCCUCAAGUUUCAGAAACUCCAGGAAGCCUUUGACAUGUUGAGAAUUUGCAAAGAAGAUCAAUCUCAAGUGUUUGAAAUUCUUGCUGCAAUAUUGUGGCUCGGGAAUAUUAAAUUCCAAACUAUUGACAAUGAGAACCACGUGGAGGUGUUGGCGGAUGAAGCUCUAGCUAAUGCUUCCAAGUUGAUGAAAUGCACCGCCCAGGGCCUGAUGGUUGCAUUGUCAACCCAUAAAAUUCGCGCAGGGAGUGAUAACAUUUCUAAGAUAAAAACAUUGCAGCAGGCAAGUUCAGUCCAAAACGCAAUCGAUGCUAGAGAUGCAUUGGCGAAGUUUAUGUACGGGAACUUGUUUGAUUGGCUUAUGGAACAGAUCAAUAAGUUGCUUGAUGGAAACCAAAAUAGUUGGGGGUCUAUAAAUAUCCUUGAUAUUUAUGGGUUUGAGUCAUUUAAGAAGAACAGCUUUGAACAAUUUUGUAUAAAUUACGCAAAUGAGAGGCUGCAACAACAUUUCAACAGACACUUGCUUAAACUAGAGCAAGAGGAGUAUGCUGAAGAUGGAAUUGAUUGGGCUAAGGUUGAUUUUGAAGAUAACCAAGAGUGCUUGGAUCUUUUUGAGAAGAAACCUAUUGGGUUGUUAUCUUUGCUUGAUGAGGAAUCAAAUUUUCCAAAUGCCACUGACUUGACGUUGGCCAAUAAGUUGAAUAAGCAUUUGAAUAUCAACCCUUUCUUCAAAGGUCAACGAGGUAGAGCUUUUGGCGUACGUCACUAUGCUGGGGAGGUUGUGUAUGAUACGAAUGGAUUCAUGGAAAAGAACCGAGACCCACUGCACUCUGACUUCAUCCAGCUACUAUCUUCAAGCAACUGCAAGCUUCUUCAAUCAUUUGCUUCACGAAAGCCUGAUCAAACUCUUAAAUCACUAAGAAAUUCAGUAUCACAACUAAGUGGACUGGAAUCUUCAACACAAAGUGUUGGAACAAAGUUCAAGGCUCAACUCUUUAAACUCAUGCAUCAUUUGGAGAACACAACUCCUCACUUUAUUCGCUGCUUAAAGCCAAACAGAAAGCAGCUUCCUGGUGUGUACGAGGAGGAUCUUGUUCUACAACAACUCCUAUGUUGUGGAAUUAUGGAGGUAAUGAGGAUUGCAAGAGCUGGUUAUCCUUCUCGAAAGACACAUCAAGACUUUGCUGGGAGGUAUGCUUUGCUCCUUCCUGAGCGAAGUGAACAUUUGGACCCAUUGAGCAUUUCUGUUGCCAUCCUUAAACAGCUCAAUGUUCUCCCUGAAAUGUACCAAGUUGGCUGCACCAAAGUUUAUCUUCGCACUGCCCAGAUUGCCAGAUUAGAGGAGCAGAGGACAAAAGCUCUGCAAGGCAUAAUUACUGUCCAGAACUGCUUUCGAGGUUCCAAGACUCGCCGUCAUUUCCAUGAGCUGAUAGAUGGUGCAACAACCCUACAAUCAUUUGUUCGUGGAGAAAAUGUGAGAAGGAAAUUUGAUUCUAUGUCAAAGACAUAUGACGUCAACACUCUCCCAGUAGUUAACGAGCAGUUGGCUGCCAUAAUAUGUUUGCAAUCAGCAAUCCGUGGGUGGUUGACACGGAAGCAACUUAAUGACAAGUAUAAGUUGAGGCAGUCAAGCCAGGAUAAUACAGACUCAAGAAGAAAGCCAGGGAGAAAAAUUUCUGAAGUAAAGGUCAUGCCACAGGAGCAGAUUGAGGAGCUUCAGAUUACACUAUUGGCAGAACUCCAGAAGAGGGUUGCUAAGGCAGAACAGAAUUUGGUACAAAAAGAUGAGGAAAAUGCAGCACUGAGAGAGCAGGUAGAAGAGUUCGGGAAAAAGUGGUCUGAAUACGAAUCAAAGAUGAAAACCAUGGAAGAGACAUGGCAAAUGCAGAUGACAUCAUUGCAGGCAAGUCUUGCUGCAGCGAGAAAGAGUCUUGCUGCUGAUAACCUGACUCUUCAUCAGCAAUCACCUCACCACUACUAUGAUUCAGAGGAUUAUCCUUCCAUUGGCUCUCAGACCCCUGGUGGAAGCACACCAAGAAAGAUUCCUAAUUCCAUGCCGGAUCUUAGAAUGGCUAAAGAACAGCCUAUUAACGGUGGCAGAACUAAUCCUGUAACCACUUUACUGAUGGAAUUCGAGCAGCAGACCCAGAAUUUUGAAAGCAACUGUAAAGCCAUAGUUGAGGUGGGUUCAGGGAAUUCAUCAGGUUCUAUCUUAAAUCCUGAAGAAGCACUUCGAAGACUGAGAAAUCAGUUCGAGAUAUGGAAGAAGAACUACAAGGCCAAACUGCGAGAGGCAAAGACUAGGCUCCAGAAACUUAGCCAUGGCGAGAACCACAGGGGCCGCAGGGGUUGGUGGGGCAAAAUUGGUGCCAAAAUGUUGACAUAGAAAACAAAGGUCAAUGUCCAAGGCAGAAAAAAUGGAAGAAGAAACAUUUGCCCUCAAAGAUGGCUGCUUGCUCUUUGAUUCUCUUUGCAUUCUGGUUAAAGCAAGCACCUUGCCAUGAAUGCAGAGAAUGUUUGUAGCUUGUGGUUAAACUGCCUGGUGGUGGUGGUGCAAGGAUUCAUCAUAAUCCUGUGAAUAGACAUAGAUUGUAGUAGGUACCUCAUCUCCCUUUUCUCUUGUGUUAUAAGCCAAGGUUAUUCUCUGUAUAUCCUGCUUUCUAAAUUGUAAUGUAAAGAAAACAUGGUGCGGCUCAGAACUCUGCUACUGAAUGAAAGAUGAAAAGUUUCCAUAUUCCUUGUCAUUUGGUUUGGAAUUCAUCCACCCUGUAAAUCCCUUUUGUUUGAUGCUUCAGGGGCUUGUUUGGUUCAUGGAUUGUGAUUGUUCCAGAAUUCAUCAUUUUGCAACAACAACAAAAAAAUACUUCACUGUCCAAACCACCUCUCAAUCUCCAUAUUUGUUUUCAAAUACUGCACAUGAAGAAGAAAAGGCAUAGGCAGAGAAGUUGUUUCAAUUUACAUUAAACCUCCAUAUGCAAAGGUUACACACAAAUGGUAGUAAAAGUUCCAUAAAAAUCUACAAGUGGCAGGGGAAUCAAAUUCUAGGGCAUUAUCUUCACGAUCCAGGGACAAAUUUGGUGGCAAAGACCCAGGCAUUGUUGGCAACAGGAUCAUCAAGAUGGUCCAACAAAUUCUCCAAGGGACCCUUCCCAGUGACAAUAGCCUGAACAAAGAAACCAAACAUGGAGAACAUGGCAAGCCUGCCAUUCUUGAUCUCCUUCACCUUGAGCUCCGCGAAGGUGACCGGGUCAUCAGCGAGCCCCAGCGGGUCGAAGUACUGCCCACCGGGGUAAAGCUCGUUGCCUUCUCCAACUCCAGGCAGGCCAUUGAUGCGAAAUCCUUCCACGAGUCCCAUCAGGACGACCUGGAAUCCUAAUACAGCAAGGAUACUCUGAGCGUGGACCAGGUUCGGGUUUCCUAGGUAGUCCAGCCCGCCUUCUGAGAAGAUUUGAGCUCCAGCUUUGAACCAUACUGGCUCCUUGAAGUCCACGCUCACCCAUUUCUCCAGGACCUCUGGCGUGAUGCAGCCCAAGGCUCCAAGCAUCGCCCACCUUCCAUGGAUUACCUCAAGAGCCCUGUUUCUGGCGAAGGCUUCUGGAUCAGCAGACAAACCAGCAGUGUCCCAGCCAUAAUCACCUGGGAAUUCCCCAGUAAGAUAUGAAGGAGUCUGAGCUGAGAAAGGUCCCAAGUAUUUCACUCUGUCAGGUCCAUACCACAAAUCAUUUCCCUGAUGUACUUGGCAUUCCCCAUGGAGACUACAUCUCUAAAAGGGUUUGCGUUUUGGCCCCUCUGUCCCAGAAAUGGAGAUGGGUUCAGCACGGUUCUGGAGGCAGCCAUAAUUGUGGAAGCAGCCAUGGUUCAAAACGAGGCUCUUGCUCUGUGUUUGCCACCAAUUGAAGUUCCUUUCGACAGAGAGCGAGAGCGAGAGCGAGAGCCGUGGAAUGGAACUGUGUAGAGACUCUGUUUAUAUAUGAGAUGGGACAUGGAGAAUCAAAGGUGGGUAAACAAGUGGUGGAGGAAGGGGAAGGAGGCGAGGAGAGAGCCAGAGAGGAGCGUGAUGUUGAAGGGGGAAGCAGCCAAUGAGGAGGCUGCAAAGGAUUUGAAGUAUCUGCCACCUCAUCUCCUUCUAUCCACAUAUUUAUCUCCCACUCUGCGUACUAACCAGCCCAGCCCAGCCCAUCUUUAGUUCCAG